GCCGUUCGCAGCAUCAUUUUUCAGCCCGUAGUACGACUCCCAGCGGUUCCCGAUGCUUGCAAAUUCACUCCGUGCGCAGACCUUCCGCGUCGCCCUCUCGUCCAGACAAUGCGUUCGAGCUCUUGCGCGGUGUCAUCCAACUGUGCUCACGAGAGUUACGCUACCUAAGAAUGCUUACUUCUCGAGCACCACACGCACAUCGGAGCAGGCAUCCGCUGUUCCCGGCUUUCGCGAGCACGCUGUCGAGGCUGAAGAAGACUUCGAGGCUGAAGAAGACCUAGAGACAGCACCGCAAGAGGAGGCGGAGACGUAUGCGGAGGAAAGACCGGUGACGAACACCUUGUUUGUCGGCAACGUGCUCACAUGGGCUACCGUGGACGACUUGGAGUAUGUGUUUAAUGACUUCGGGAAGAUCAGCGUGCGCAUGAAGUUCACGGGGGCAGGCCAGAACCGCGGUUUUGCUCAUGUCGAGUUCGAAUCCGAAAGCGAGGCAGAGGCAGCCAUGCGCCGGCAUGCGGAGAAGCCGUUCCAACUACGAGGCCAAAAAUUCCGACUCGAUUAUGCGACGUCGAAACCAAGCUACGAAAUAGCUGCUCCGCGGGAAGCCGAGCCGAGCCGGACGCUCUACAUUGGCAAUGUGCCCCCCACAGCUACUGCUCAGGAGCUGGGCAAGCUGCUCGAACCUCUGGCCCCUAUCAAGCGGCUGCGCAUAGACGGUACCCAUGCAGGCUCGCCUCGUGCCUUCGCCCAUGUCGAGCUCGAAUCACUUGAAGAUGCGCAAGCGCUCGUCGAAAAGACACGCACCGAGCCGCUCCAGCUGGAGUCGCGGACGCUCUGGGUCGCGUACGCCCGCACAGUGUCGGGCGGGGAUAGGGCGGUACCGAGCGCCGAUCCAACAAAAGUGAAUCCCACUGUGGGCUUCCGCAGACGCAAUCCUCCCAGCGCGAGCCUUUGGGUGGGUGCGUUGCCCCGCGAAGCGACUGAAGAGGACCUCGUGAAGCUGUUCGCGCACGUGGCGGAGCCGAUCGCUGUGAGAUUGUCGAAGCCGAAGGACGGGAGACCGAAAGGCUGUGCCCACGUAGACUUCUCGACACAGGAAGAAGCGAUACGCGUUAUGGAGAAUAACACGAAAAAGGCGUACAGGCUGUGGGAUCGUGCGGAGCUCCUGCUGGACUACGCCACACCGCUGGUCAAGCCGCAAUUUCCGCCGCACUACACACUCUUCGCGCCCGGCGUCGAGGGUGAGGAGGAGGACGUCCGCGCGCUAUUCAAGGAUCACGAAAAGAACAUCCGGAAAGUCGUACUCCGCCAACGACAAUUCGGCGACGCGAAUACGCGGGCCGCCUUCAUCGAGUUCAACUCUGUGGAAGAGGCGACCGCGGCUAAAGACGAGUUGAACGGAAAGAAGAUCAAAGGUCAGGUUCUGACGUUGUUGUACGGGAAGCGGUCCUCCGGCACGUCUCCAAAAUUGUUCCCUGUGUGGCGCCCGGAUAAUUUCGGCAUCAAGAAGGGGGGCAGAGGCAGAAACGAGUCAUGAUCAAUGACUGUGGUGUGCGUGCUGGGGUGAGCACCUCGGGGUCUUGCUGUGAAAGCGUACGCCCGCCGAUGCUCACUUUCAGCGCGUCUGUCCGCCGGUCAACCAAUCGACGUUAUUUCACAGACUGCUAAUAUCCUGCGGUUCUCCUAUGCUUCGCUGUAGAACUACCAUCAUAAUGUCUCAGGCGUUUGUUCCACCCCUCAGCUUGUCGUCCAAUGCUAUUGCUAUGCUACCAUUUUGAACAG